AAUACUUCACCACUGUUGCAACAUUGCUGGCCUGAGGGAAGACAUAUUAUGUGGAAUGUGAUGAGAAUUACUGCAAAUUUAUUUCUGAAUGAAUCAUUUCAGUCUGGGUUUAGUUACUGAUUAUCGCAUGUUUAUUUUUUUCGAACUUCACGUAGACAGCCAAGCUAUUGUAUGUUUUGCAUGAAAAUCCUCCUUUGCCCUAGUAAAGUAUUCAUAUUGCAAUAUUGCUAUUUUUAUGAAUCACCAUAAAGUCUUUGUUGCCCAGUGGAUGACAAAGUUAAUAUUCCUCUCACGAGGCUGUGAUUUAAUGGGGCUCCCCGCUUCAGGGAGGGGACAAGACCAAUAGUCAAAGGAGGGCAUUCCGCAAUUUAAGUCCGCUAAUCGCUAAUCAGCGAAUUGCGAACAAACAAAAAAAUUGCGGAAUAGCCUUAGCGGUUGAAAAAUUAGCGGAUUUGCAGUUAGCAGAAUGCCAAAAUUAUAGUCCGCUAACGUAAACUUUCAAAAACCGCCAACAGUAAAACUUCCAUCAAAGUCAAGAAUAUUUUUGAAAAGGUAAAGGUAAAGUUGGGGGCAUACGGUGUAGGAGCGCGUGGCUUUGGUGCUCAUCUCCGUAACAUUGGCCCUAUUCUUGAAAGUGUGGAGAAACUUCUUGAUUAUGGUGGCCAGACGUCCCGGAUUGUAAUGGUUCACCUCAGAAAUAAAAUUGUCCCGGAUUUUAUGCACUGUCUCGGAAAAUGUUUAUUAUUUUUAUUAUUAUCAAAGCGUCCCGGAUUUCACUUCCAGAAAUCUGGCCACCCUAUUCUAGAUCUGUCACACGGGAUUUCAAUAAAGUGCCUCGAUGACUCCCCCCCGCCAGGUAGCUCCCCAUAUAUUUCUCUUAAAGUGUUGUGAAUGUUCUCAACGAGGGUAAACAAGACUGAUGACCACAAUAAUGCACCCCGCUGCCAGCCGGCCCGCAGCCUCCACCCUGUCCUUCACACCCGCUCGGUGGGCGCCCCCUAGUGACGCCUUGACACUGGUGUAGCAAAUGAAACCGAACGUAACACUACGCCAAUGACUUGAGAGGUGCAGGACACACGUCGGUCCGUCUGGGAGAUAAAGCGUACGCAGGAGCCGCAGGAACCGCUAUCUUUGAGGGCAUGCUGCGUGUCACGGCGUGUGUGCGUGCGUGUGUGUAUGUGCGGGCGGCUGGCCGGGAGAUGGGGUGAAGGCGAGGCCAGGCGAGCGGCAGCCUGCCUGAGCAAGGCCGGCCAGCCAGGCUGCACAGCACAGCUUCAGUACACUGAGGGGCGUACACCAGGCAUCACGUGACGAUGGUGUCCACACUUCUCCCUCCAUCGACCUCCUUCCUGUCUGUCCUCUGUAGGAAGACAUAAACUGGUGCAGGAUUACCAUUGCAGUGGCAUCCUGGCAGACGUACUGGCGCCGCCCUCCGCCCUCUACCAACACCUGGUCCCUGUGGAGGAUGAUCAGGGUCAGCCUGGUCACCAGGACACGACACUUCUGCAAAUGGUUAGCUGGAGAAGCAAGACGACACUUGAUACUCAGUUUAUGUGUCUUUGUUACUCUGUUAUUCAUCAAUGCAGCCAUUUACAACUAUGGCUGUGAUUAUAUGUCACCUCCUAGUAUACCUGUUGAUAUGAACUCCACCCACCUAAACCAAUUUCUAAUUAAGGAAGCAGACUUCUGUCACCGGCAAACGAACCUCAGUUUUAUAGUGUACAUCCACUCCUCACUAGACAAUGUGGAGAAGAGGCAAGAGACACGCCUUACGUGGGCCUCGGCAGGUCUGUACGAUCCAAGUGUGAGGAUGGCUGUGGUGUUCAUGGUGGGCCAGGCCAAGAAUAAGUACGAGGAAAUUAUUCUGAGUGAGGAGAGCCAUCGAUAUCAUGACAUUGUGCAGGGUAACUACUCUGAUACUUACCACAUGCUGAGCUACAAGGCCUUGUCCUCCCUUAACUGGCUCACCCACCACUGCUCCCAUGUGCCCUGGACAAUCCACGCAGAUGACGAUGUCCUCAUAGAUGUCUUUCUUAUGCAAAAGUUCCUCAAAAACAACGGCACCCAGGAUAGCUUCUUUUGUUACCCAUGGGACAAGUCUUCUGUGAGACGGCACGGGAAGUGGUGUGUGCGGUCAAAUGAAUAUCCCGAGGACAUGUAUCCUAUUUACUGUGCUGGCGGGGCAUGGAUGGUAGCAACUCCACUAGUGCCGCGCCUUCUAGAUGCAGCGGGCCGGGUCCCAAUAAUGUGGGUGGAUGAUGUGUACCUCACGGGCCUGCUGUCCAAGAAUGCUGGGAUUCCGAUCUCCACCAGCCUGAAAGAGAACAUUAGGACAAGUGAUAUUUAUAAGGAGGACCUUGGAAAAACAAUGAUAUGGUUUAAUCCUGGAAAACCAAGAACAAUAUGGUGGUAUAAGUUGUUAAGUUUUCAUGGAUAUGUGUCAGAGAUAGAUGUGUAGCAUAUUAUCUUGGAGAGUACAACCUGGAUGGAACUCUACCUUUUCUUGCCAGUAUUUAAGUAAACUCUGAAGUACCUAUUUAAAUGCAUUUAUAGAAUUACUAUACUGCUGAAAUAUUUUUGAAAUACUCCUGCUUUUGUAUUUCUUCAAAGGCUUCUAAUAUAUUGACAUCAUAUGUCAUUAAGAUUGAAUAAGGGAAAGUGAGUGAUGUGAAUAUGUGCCAUAGAUCUCAUCCGUAAAUUCCAGAAUUUUCUUAUGUGUAAAAUAUGUAUAAUUCAAAUUGCA